CAGGUGCUGCUCCGCGGGGCGGCGGGGACGGAGCUCGCCGAUUGGCAACUCGCGAGGAGAUCGGGAUGAUGUAACCGCACACGUCCCGAUGCCAUUGGCGGAGAGGCGGUCCCGGCCAGCUGACCGAGGUCCAUUGGGCAGGCGGAGGUGUACUUCCCCGCUCCUAGCCUCGGUUGCUGCAAGCAGCCCCGUGCGCAAAAGUGGGCGCUGCUCCCCGCCGGCCUCGCCCCUGCCGGCCCGCGCAGGCUCCCCGGAAGGGCGAGCGGGGGCGAGGGAAGGUAGGACCACCCACUUGAAGGCUCCUCCUCUUUCUUCCAGCCCGGUCCCUGCCCUCCUGAAGAUGGCUUUGCCCUGGAGGAAGAUGGCGUCUGCUUGGCUCCCGCUUCUUUUGCUGCUCCUCGGGGUUCCAAGCGGGAGCCCUUCGCAGCAAGAGCCCUGCCAGACGUGCCGCGACCUGGCCAGCAACUUCAAUAAGGGUCUGGAGCGGACACAGCGAGAGAACUUCGGGGGCGGGAACACAGCCUGGGAAGAAGAGAAGCUUGCAAAAUAUGCAAACAGUGAGACCCGCCUGUUGGAAGUCUUGGAGGGUGUGUGCGCCACCUCAGACUUUGCAUGCCACCAGCUGUUGGAGCAGGGAGAAGACCACGUGGAGCAUUGGUGGUUCCAUGAGCAGCGACAGCACCCUGACUUUUUCCAGUGGCUCUGCAUGGAUGCGCUGAAACUCUGCUGCCCUCCCGGUACUUACGGCCCUGACUGCCACACUUGCCCUGGGGGUGCCCAGAAGCCUUGCAGCGGGUAUGGACAGUGCGACGGUGAUGGCACACGCAGGGGCACCGGCCUGUGCAUGUGCCAGACGGGUUACGGUGGCCCCUUCUGUUCCGAAUGUGGAGAUGGCUACUACGAAGCUUCUCGCAACGAUAGCCACCUGGUAUGUGCGGAGUGCUACCGGGCCUGCGGACGCUGUUCAGGCCCCGAAGAUUCAAGCUGCCUGCGCUGCAAGAGGGGCUGGAUGCUUCAUGACCGAAGGUGCAUUGACAUAGAUGAAUGUGGCACAGACAUGGCGCACUGCCGGGCCAACCAGUUUUGCGUCAACACCGAGGGGUCCUACGAGUGCCGAGAUUGUGCCAAGGCCUGCAUUGGCUGCAUGGGUGCCGGGCCUUCCCGCUGCAAGAAAUGCAACAAGGGUUAUCGGCGCGAUGGUGUCAAGUGCCUUGAUGUGGAUGAAUGCGCUGGGGACAUGGAAGAACUUGUAUGCACAGGCGCCAAUGAGGCCUGUGAGAACACGGACGGCAGCUACCGGUGUGUCUGCGCAGAGGGACAUGUUCGCAAGGAGGGGAUCUGUGUGGAAGACAAACCCCCAGAUGCUCCCGAGAAAGGAUUCUUUGACGACAUCACGGAUGACGAGGUGGUUGUGCUGCAGCAGAUGUUCUUCGGUGCCAUCAUCUGUGCCCUGGCCACCCUAGCUGCGAAAGGAGACAUGGUCUUCACCGCCAUUUUCAUUGGUGCCGUGGCCGCUAUGGCUGGCUACUGGCUGUCUGAGCGCAGUGACCGCGUGCUGGACGGCUUUAUCAAAGGCAGAUAGUGCACGGGCCAAGUGAACGUCCCCUUCUGCGUCCUGCCUCAGAGAGCCAGCUGGUGGGCAGGAAUCCCUUGACCUCACCCCUUUAAAAAUCCAGAUUCAAGAGGCAGAAAGACCAGGCCAUAUCCUGCUCUGGGCUGUUGGUAGCCUUGGCCUAGCAUGCUGUGAAGGUAGAAAGGGGACGCGAGAGGAAAUGUGCUCUACAGUCCCAGUUUGGCUUGAGAGGAGGGCUGUUGGCUUCAGAUGGAGGGGGGAAGUACCCCUUAAUGGUGCAAGAGGACUGAUCUGGGUCACCAUCAGUGGGGCCUGAAAAACAGGUCCCCGUUACUCUCUGACUGGCCUGGCCCUCACUGCAUGUGGGAUGAUCUCAAGUGUGUUCCUACCUGUGAAUUCCAGUCUCCCCCACACUGGUCAACUCAGGUGGACCAGGAAAAAGCUUGUCUCACUGUGAAAAGAAACACAGGGUGGGUGAGCUUGGAAUUGCUCCCUGCUGGCUCUUGGAGGGGCUGCCUCUAUGGCUGGGAGCUGAUCUACACGUUAUGCUGGAGGAAAUGGCAAAAACUGAGGCAGUACCAUUCUGGACGGUUAGCACGUUGAAUGCUUCUCCCACCUAAAAAAAAAUAUCCCUGCAUUCAGUGAGCCAGCACCAUCACUGAGAAUCAUAACUGUCAACUUUCCCCUUUUUAAAAGGGAAAUUCCCUUAUACCGAAUAGGAUUCAUUGCAAGACAAGGGAAAAGUUGACAGCUAUGGUGAGAAUGGUUUAAGGCAUGGCUAGGGAACCUGAAGUCUCCUAGUUAUUGGUGAACCCCCAUCAUUCCUGAUCACACUGUACUGGCUGGGGUUGAUGGGUGUCCCACAAUAUCUGGAGGACCACAUGUUCCCUAUCUCUGAUUUAGGGCAUAACCUUCUCCCUGAUAGGCUAGCUUACUUAAUGCAGGGAGUUCUAUUGGGAGGGAGCAUUCAAAGGUAAGGUACCACUCCCCCCUGCCGUCUGAAGUGGUACAGUCCAGAAUUCUAUUUUCCCCGCCAGUCUCUCCUUGCCUCCUUCUGCAUAAUGUGUGAAACAGCUCCGGUGCUGCCAAGGGGUAGCGUGUGAGGCAGAGGAAAGCUUGAUUGGCACGCAUGCCCAUCCUUGCCCCUUUACAUCUGCCCACUCAACCAUUUGUCCGUCCAUGUCUCAGGAAAUUAAAGGUCUCUCUGUCCACA